AUGAUGUCGGAGCGCAAGCGGCGGCGGCUGGACGAAGACGCCCGGCGUCUGGAGCUGUGCGCGGCCGACCUGCGCGAGCUGGGCGCCGCCAUCGGCUCGUGCGCGUUCCGCUUGCCCUCGGAGAACGUGUCGGUGCCGCUGCAGCGCUCGCGCGCGGCGUCCAAGCCUCCCAAGCCGGCAGCAAGUUCCGGCCGCUCUUCGUCGCGCUCGCUGUACUCGGUGGUGUCCAGCUCGGCGUACGCGGCCAAGACGAACGCGCAGAGCCGGCAGGAGACCUGGCAGGAGGCGCUGCAACGACUGGCGGCCGAGCUGGACGCGCCGCGCGCGCAGAAGGAGGCGGUGGGGCGCUGCGAGCGGCUGCGCAGACGCUUCGAGGCGCUGAGCGACGCCGUGCGGCUGUGCCAGGACAAGCUGCGGCGCGCCGGCGACGAGGUGGCGCUGCAGGACCGCGUGGAGAGCCAGCUGGCGCAGGAGGAGACGGCGUGGGAGCAGCAGAUGCAGACGCGCGAGCAGCGCGUGGCCGAGCGCGAGGUGGAGCUGCAUGCGCUGCAGGAGGAGCGCGCGGCGGACGAGGCCGGCGACAUAGCGGCGGCAGCUGCGGACGAAGAGAAGGAGGACGAGGAGAAGAAGCAAGAGGAUGCCGAUACAGAAGAAGACGCAGAGGUGGAUGAAGAUGCAGAGCAGGCGCGCGCGGAGCUGCGCGAGGCGCUGGCCCUGCGCGCCGAGGAGAAGCGGGACAUCCAGGCGGCUAUUGACUCCCUGCAGCGCAAACGCGCCAGGCGCAGCGCCGCGCUGGCUGAACAGAGGAAGAAACUGCAGCAACGGCAAGAGCAGGAGGAGGCGGAGAACGUGCUGAGGGAGCUGCGCGACGAGAAGGAGGCACUGCAGACGGAUAUCAUCGCGGCGGAGGAGCUGGAGGAGAAACUCGAGGAGAACGUCCGGGACCUGCCGGCGCUCAAGGACGAGCUGCAGCGCGCCAAGGCAGAGCGCGCGCAGGUGCAGGCGCAGGUGGACUCGCUGCGGCUGGAGCUGGCGCGGCGCAAGCGCAAGAUGCGGCACAUGGUGGACGUGCAGCUCCUGACGGCGCGCGACACGAACCCGCCAACUCUGCGUGAGGAGGCAGUGCUGCUGCACUUGCUGUACGAGCACGAGGGCGAGAUGGGCGUGAACGAGCUCAAGCAGGAGGCGAGUGCGGUGCUGGAGGAGCACGGCAAGCCGAACGGCAACGGCGUGGUGAUCCGCGCGCUGUACUCGUUGGUAGCGAAUGGCGUCGUGCAGAUUGACCGGUCGUACGGCAACGGGCUGGUCACGUCACUGCUGGUUUGA